AGAAAGCACGAUCCUCCUCUCUUCUCAUGUAAUUUCUGCUGCGGCUCCUUUCGGCUUGUCGCUGUCACGCACACCUCUCCGCGCUCUCUCUUCUUCUCUUAUUUUCUUUUCUUCUUCCCGGACAGCAGGCAGCACUCUCUCAGCACUUUCGGGUUCCAAGCUCGCGAAGAAGCCUUCCUUGCUGCUCCAGCAGGUCGAGGAAGGGUCGACUGCUUCGUCGACGCGGCUAGCUGGACUGCAUCAGAUUAUGCAGUACAGCUAAUUCGCAAAAGGUGUGAGGUGUGCUGCCAAUGAAGACCAGACACAUCGAUUUCUUGCUCACAUGCUACGUAGGGAAAACAGGCAGACAGUGCAUCUAGCAGAUGCUAUUGCAAGACAGAAUGAGUGUUUACUCAUUAAAAGGUUCUAAAGGUCCAGUGUUUCCUCUACGAUCAAUCCUCGUCUUCUUCAUUGCAUUAUUCGGCUUCUAUGUCUGCUACUUCUCCUUUAAUCAGUUAACUUUCGAAAAUGAAGAAGAAUUGAACAGCGAAGAAGAAGAACAAACAAAAAAUAUUUGCAGAAAACCUGCAGUUCCACAUGAGCAGAGGCGAUAUUUGCACUUCCCAAAACCUACGACUUAUGACAGGGGCGAAUGCGCUUGUACCCCAGUUCGUUUCUUUGUUAUUGUAUCUAUGCAAAGAUCAGGAAGUGGGUGGUUUGAGACUUUGCUGAACAGCCACCCUAAUGUCAGCUCAAAUGGUGAAAUCUUCUCAGUGAGAGAUAGAAGAGAAAACAUCUCGACUAUUUUGGGGACUCUUGAUAAAUUGUAUAGCAUGGACUGGCUCACUAGUGCAGCAAAAAAUGAAUGCACAGCAGCAUUUGGAUUGAAGUGGAUGCUAAAUCAGGGACUCAUGGAGCACCAUCAAGACAUUGUUGAUUAUUUAAAUAGCAAAGGGGCUAUGGUGAUUCUUCUCUUCAGGAGGAAUACAUUACGGAGGCUUAUCUCUGUGUUGGCUAACAACUACGAUAGAAGAACAAAGCAAUUGAAUGGCAUCCAUAAAUCACACGUUCACUCAAAAGAGGAGGCUGAAAUACUCGCAAGAUUCAAACCAAAGAUGGACGUGUCAACUCUGAUCCCAAGCAUCAGAAACGCUGAACAUUCCAUGAGAACUUGCUUGGGCCACUUCCGAAAAACGCGCCACAUGAUCCUCUAUUACGAGGAUGUGAUCCGCGACAAAAAUGCAUUGUCCCGGGUGCAGGAAUUCCUCGGAGUUCCGGUGACCAAACUGUCCAGCCAGCAUGUGAAGAUCCACACCAGGCCCCUCCCGGACCUCGUCGAGAACUGGGAGGAUGUGAGCGAGAUGCUGAACGGGACAAAGUAUACUCAGUUUCUUGAUGACGCAGACUAUGUCAAGUGAUGUUUUCUAGUUCACAUCAGGGCCAAACGGGUCAUAGUUCCAAUUUCUUUUGGCAAAGGGUUCAAAAAUAUGUUUUCAUUCUUUUUUCGCCGCGCAUAAAGAGGGUUGCGGUUUCGGGAGUGUUGUUUGUAUAUGCAGGAGGUUACAGAAGGGGUGGAUGAUAAAAAUUGAGGCAUUCAUUUUCCACCUUUUAGAUUCUGUAUAGAUAUAUAUUUUCUGGGUUUUAUGGGUGCCCACCGUUGGUGGCUCGCAAUUGAGCUCCAUCUCUGAAACUCCAAGAAAACAGCAAUGAGCAGUAAUCAGAUGCCGUGUGAAAGUACUUACUGAUUACUUUUAUUUUA